AUGGCUCCACCCAAAAGACCGCUUGGAUUGGGAAAGUCCGCACAGAAGAAGAAGCAAAAGACAGAUGAAGAUGGCGUUGCUGAGUCUGGCUCUAGUGCAAAUGCUUCUGAACUUACUGUAGAGCUGAACGAGGAGGUUGACGCAGAUGAUGAGGUAUCUCAGCUAUUUGCCCUGUGGAAAACAUUCUUGGGAGCUGAAAAAGACAACGAGCUUGUCUUGAACGGUAUCAUUCAUGAAUGCGAUAGAUUAUUGAGAAACAGCCAAACAGAGAAGAAUAAAUACAAGUUAAAUGGAGAAUUUCACGCCAUUUACGCUUUAGCUCUGAACGAGUUAGCAUUUUUUCACGCAGCUAAGGAGAACGAUGUCAAGCCAUAUUUUGACGAAGCACUAGAGAGAAUUGAUCUUGGUUUAAGUCACUCUAAAGAGGAUCCCAGGUUAUUGUUCUCAAAGGCUCACAUUAUUUUUAACAGAGUUCCACUGGAAUACAUUUCCAAAAUGACCCCAGAGUCCAGCUCAGAGGGAUACCCAAAUAUACUCGAAGUUUUAGACGACGCUCUUAAAAGCUAUGAAGCAGCACAGAAUGAAGCUAUUAAAACUGAACGAUUUGAACUCUUUGACCAAGAAACCUUCAGAGUACUCGACUCCUUAGAUGAUCUGCUAAGCAUCAUUGAUGAUUUUGGAAAGAAGAAAUCUUCCGACGAAGGGAUAGAUAGUGAAGAUGAAGAGGAGCUCGGGUUUGACGAAGAUGAAGAUAGUCUUCAACUGAGUGAAUCUCAUCCUUUGAAACCUUUGGGGGAAAGUGAAAAAUAUGAUAUUUGGUGGAGAACUCAAACUAUAGAAUUCCUGAAAAAUCUUGAAAAGCUUGCCCAGAAAUCCGACAUCAUUCUUAAAGACUCAUCUUUGCCAAUUGGUAACUUGCAUAGAGAUGUUUGCAAGAAAUUGGGUCAGUCAUAUCUUUUAGAGGCAGAGGAGCCCUCAGCCAUCUUUACCACCCUGGAGUAUGAUUCAGAUGUUGAGGACAAAGAGGAUGGGAUCAAUGGUCUACAAGCUGAUCAGGCUCGUGACAUUGCUAUCCAAUUGGUUACUGAAGCAAUUCAAUACCUGGAAAAAGCUGAAUACUCCGACGAUCCAAAGAGCUGGGCCGAUGUUGCAGAAGCCUAUGUAACUUUGGGAAAUCUACACUCCGUCGAUAGCAGAGAACAAGAAGACUGCUAUUCCAAAGCAGAAAAAAGACUUCAGCAUGCAAAUAAAGCUACUCAUGGCAAAUAUGAGCAUAUUCUCAACAACCUGUUGCAGAAGAGCUACGAUGAUACAUAG